UAUAUAUCGAUCCAUCAUCAUCUUUAUUAAUAUAUAAAUCCUGCCAUAAUAUUCCUUCCAACCCCUUUGGCCGCUCCGCUCCCCCCCACCUUUCUCUGUUGCUUCUACUUUCCCACUCUCUCUCUCCCUCUCUCCGUGGAUUCACAUUCUCUGUCCAGGAAAGAGCUUUGAGGUAUGAGGGGUCCUUUGGGGGCAGUCAUAGGGAGGUACCCUUCAAGCGACGGGAGUGCCCAAACGGCCGGGAUCAUAAAGCACAACAGAAAAUGCAGGGAUAUAGCCUUUCUUGUCGUCUUCAUUGCAUUCUGGGUUGGAAUGAUUGUCAACUCCAGCUUCGGAUUCAACAAAGGAAACCCGUUAAGGCUUAACUAUGGGCUGGACUAUAAAGGAAAUGUAUGUGGCGAUAGGCAUGCAAAUCCUGACCUUCGUGAACUGGAACUCAGAUAUUGGUUGAACCCCAACCAGGUUUACCAAAGUGGUUUGAAAAACAGCAAUUUCAAGCUUGACAAUGCCCGGAGUAUCUGCUUAAUGGAUUGCCCUAUCCCGUCGGAAGAUUCACUGAAUUGGGUGUGCGAUUAUCCAGACGGAGAUAUUCGCCUCAAAGUUGAUGACUGGAUUGAUAGGAACUAUGAUUAUUUUGCAGACCUUACUCCAGUGCUAAGGAACACAUCUCUUCAACUUCAAGGUCCCUGUUAUCCUGUUAUAUACCCAAGUGUAAAUGUUUACUGGACUUGCCAGUUUAUAGCCCGUGCAUCAAAUGUUUCUUUGCACCAUUGGCAGCAGAUGGGUGGAGUGAGCAUUGUUGAAGACAUACUCAUAGAUAAAUCUAUUCACAAGUCCAUCAAUUCACAUUCAUCAGUUUUGAAGAGAUAUGUUGCUGAUAUUGGCAAGUCUUGGCCUGUAUUGAUUGUUUGUGGAGGAAUCUUGCCAUUGUUUUUAUCAGUGAUAUGGCUCUUGAUGAUUAGGCAUUUUGUUGCUGGGAUGCCAUGGAUAACAGUCAUCCUCUUUAAUGUCCUCAUGAUUUCAUUUACAAUGUUUUACUAUUUAAAAGCUGGAUGGAUUGGAAACAGUGCCAUUUCCCCAAUUAUUGGCGAGCACGAUCCAUAUUAUCAUGUAUCUGCGAGGGAGCUUAAUCAUCUUCAUGCUGUUGCUAUUCUCAUGACUAUUAUUAUGAUAAUUUCCUUCCUUUCAUCUAUUGCCAUUGUACGCCGCAUACUAAUGGCUACAUCUGUUCUCAAGGUUGCUGCCAAGGUCAUUGGAGAAGUUCAGGCUCUUAUAAUCUUUCCUGUCAUACCUUACUUUAUCCUUGCAGUUUUUUAUAUGUUCUGGUUUUCAGCUGCUCUGCAUCUUUUUAGUUCAGGACAAGUCCUUGAGAAUAACUGUAACUCCAACUGCUGUGCCUAUGUGCUUGAGUUGAGACGGGUUAGCUGUGACCGUUGUUGUGGUUAUAGCAUCCACUAUACUUCUCAUAUUGGUGCCGCAAUCCUUUUUCACCUGUUUGGAUGCUAUUGGGCUACACAAUUUUUUAUAGCAUGUUCUUCAACGGUCAUUGCAGGUUCUGUUGCUUCAUAUUAUUGGAACCGUGGUGAAACAUCGCCAGAGAUUCCAUUUCUUCCGGUUUUCUCCUCAAUGAAGCGACUUAUGCGUUACAGUCUUGGUUCUGUGGCUCUUGGCUCUCUAAUCGUAUCAUUUGUUGAGUCCAUCAGAUUUAUACUUGACGCAAUUCGUCGCAAGUUGAAAGUUGUUAAUACAGUACCAGAAAGCUGGAUCGGAAGGGUGGCAUUUCAUUCUUCUCAGUUUUCCAGACGGGGCAUUGAGUGGACCAUCAAAUCUGUGAACCGCAAUGCUUAUAUCAUGAUUGCUAUAACGGGCAAAAGCUUCUUUAAGGCUUCUGAGAUUGCAACAGAACUGAUUAUCAGCAAUAUCCUCCGGAUAGGGAAAGUGAAUGUGAUCGGUGACGUUAUUCUCUUUCUUGGGAAGUUGUGUGUCAGCCUCUCAAGUGCUGUCUUUGCUUUUCUCAUGUUGGACACUCACAAUUAUGCCUCUGCCCACAACAAGAUCUCCUCUCCACUGUUUCCUGUGCUGGUGUGCUGGGGCUUGGGUUAUGUUGUUGCUACUCUGUUCUUUGGGGUCGUGGAGAUGUCAAUCGAUACCAUCAUCCUCUCGUUCUGCCAAGAUUCUGAUGAGCACCAAGGGACGGCUCAGUAUGCCCCUCCCCUUCUCAUUGAGACUCUAAAUGACCAAAAUGAGAUGCAGCGACUCACACAAUAAUAACUCUUUGAAACCUGCCAAUGCUUGUUUGCUUAUUAGCUUCAUGAGAGAGUAGGACUCGUUGCUGCAGCCACUGUACUGUUCAUCUUCGGUUGCCCAUCACAAUCGGUUUCCUGCUUCUAUUUUUGACGCCGUUCUGAACUCUUACAUUGCCUUUAGUGUAUAUAUUAGAAAUAUUCUGUUUUA